UCCGUCUCGUGUCUGCAGAGAUAAGGUCGAAGGUCACUCCUAAAUGCUUGCUCUACACCCAGUGGCAGGGACUGGGUUUUGGGCAUUUCUGCAGCUAGCCAUACAUUUGUGGUAGCUUAUUGACAACGUGGAAGUAACGGAAGUAAUAUUGACAUUUGAACUUUCAAUGUUCUUGAUAGCUAAACCACAGUUUUUCGAGGCAUAAUUAAAGCAAAAUAUGUAUGACUGACAUAUUAAAAAAGAAAUACAUUACAAAUGUACAACGAGUCACGUUAUUCCUUUUAUUUUAUAGACAUUUGUGUUUUUAUAUAUAAAUAUAAAUAUAUAUGUGUAUAUAUAUAUAUGUGUGUGUGUGUGUGUGUGUAUAUAUAUGCAUUCAUACCAUUUUUUUUCCCCUUUGUUUUACACAAACUAACGAUGUAGGUUUCCCACUGCUAUCAUACAACCGUGUAGUCUAUUACAGUAGAACCCGUUUAUAGUGAACCCGCCUAUAAUGAAUUCCCGUUUAUUGUGAAUUUCCGUCUCAGUCCCGGCAAAAUGAUGUGAGGUUAUGUAUUAACUUAUUGGAUAUAGCGCACAACUUUUGUCAAUGUUGAUACGUUUUCCCUUGUACCACGAACAAAUUUUGCCGGCAUAAUGCACAUUUAUCUCAAAUAUUUUCAUAUAAUUACAAGUUUUUUCACAAAACGUCUAUUCUGGAUCACAUUGAAGUUUUUCUCAGCAAUACGCUACUCGAUUGUCCACUGUUCAUAUUAUAAACAAGUCGUAUUCGAGUGGCCUCGGUAGGCUACGUGUAGCCAAAAAUGGUGAUCAGUUUGGUGAAAAUAAAAAAUAGUUUUCCCUGCAUAGUUAAAGAAUGGGCGAACGCGAUAACAUUUAAUAUGUUAUCAAAAUUAAACAUAAAUUACAGCCACACAAAUACGUAUAUACAUUAUAGCAGCAAAUUGAAUAUUUUUACGUCUCAUUUUUAUCAUUCACGUUACGGACAUUUUUAUCGAGUAAGGUUCGUAAGACUACCAGUAGAUAGAACUCUGUGGACUAAAUUUUUCCAUAGAAUGUAAGAAAAUUUCAUUCCAGCUUUAGCAACUGCGAUACUAAAUGAUGCGUAGUGAUCUUUGAUGCGUCAGACUUUUUAUUUUUCGUUUAUUUACUUUUGACGGUAAAAAAUUUUUCUGUUAUUAAGCUACAAAUGUGCUUCAAUAAGAAAUAUGUACAUAAAAAAGGGUGAAAAACACGGUAAAAAACAUAAGGCAUUAUCUGUGCGAGAUAAACUGGACAUUACUGUCCCGCACGUGUUAACAGCAAAGGAACUGGGAAUUGCAACAUCCACAUUAAGUACAAUAUUAAACAAGAUGAACAAUCUUCUUUCACAAGCUGCGAAAACGUCACAGAGUAUUAAAUGCCUGAAAAAAGGAUAAUACGCCAAUGUCCAAGAACCAUUAGGUAAUAGAAAGUUUGUACAUGUGUAGUUCAUUAAAAAUAGUAUCUGCAUUUGCUCAUAAAACUGUUGCUUUGAGUAUUUACAUUCAUUCUUUUCUUGGCUUAGGCCUAUGUGUAGUUAAGAUUUUGUUUUUGAGUAUUAAUUGCCAAUAUAAAAGUUUUCCCAGAUAUAAAGUUUCCCCUCUAUAGUGAACAUAUAAACUACUCCCUUCAGAUUCGUUAUAACAGGGUUCUACUGUAUUUGUCGCCACAAGCUGUUAUCAUUAGGAUGAAGCACUAAAUGAUAUGAUAUUCAAAAUAGCAAAUAUCAAGAGGUCGAAAUUCAGAUUUUUAAACCAUUUUUGAAUAAAAAUUUUAUAAGAGCUUUAUUAUUAGGUGCUAGCCCCCAAAGCAUGCCAUAAUUUUAGCCACAGCUAUAUUUAUAACUUGUGAAAUUUAACUGCACAGUACUAUAGUUAAGUUCAUAAAUUUUCUCAUUUAUUGAAACCAAUGAAAAAAAUUACUGCACUAGUAUAAUUUACCAGAUACGUAUAAUAUAUACAACUGCAGUUGUAACCAAAAGCCAGAGCAGUAGAUUUAUAUUUGUUCCCAUAUUUCUAAUAACUAAGGUAAAAAAAGGUCAUUUAUGAAAGAACCAGAAUUUGUUUCGUUCAGCGAGGUGAUAGUGUAGUAUGUCACGGAUGGCAUAACUCUGACUUUAUAUGGACCACUAAGUACGUACAUGGUAAAGCUCACAGAAAACUGUGUGGUUUCAGCUUUCGUUUUUUGUUCAGAUGUCGUAAAUACACACAAAAGGAAGAGUGCUGUAGUGUUGUCAUGGGUUCCCAUUCUCGCCUCUUUUGACCAACAACUUCAUUGGCAACUUUGUAAGGAAAUCAAUAAAUACCAGCCAGCUGAUACCAAAGUGCUGGUACAGAUAGGUUGAUGAUUUGUUUAUGAUUUGGAGCCAAGGUGAAACAAAAAUCUAAAACAUAAAAACAGUAUCCUCCCAAAUAUACAGUUUGAGAGUGGAAACAAGAUGAAAAACUGUUUUUCUAGCUUGUUCAGGUAAUAGGGAAGGAUAAUUAUUACAUCGGCCAUAGAGUCUACAGCAAUGUGAUUCCCAGUAUGGGGUAUCUACGUGCAAACUUUCAUUACCUACCAUCGCUAAAACGUCGAGGUCAGUAGGGUAAAAGGUACUUAUCGACCAAUUGGCCUCAGCAUUAUAUAUAUACAAAUUUCAAACCCAUAAAAAAGAUCAAAGGGAACUCUGCCACAGGUGAAAAACUUACUGGAGGAUACAGAAUUCCUUGUACAUGUGUUAAGUAGUACAAACUAGCAGGCAAAUCAUCAUAGAAUCAGUGGUAGGAGAAUGCUCCAUUGGUUAUUUAGUACUUUACCUAGUUCAUCAAAUAAUGAAACAUUAGAGAAGCAAUAUGAAGUAUUAAAACUUCUUUUUGAAAUUAAUCAGUGCAAAGGGAUAAAGAAUGAGCAGAACAUGGGCAAUGUGUCUACAAAGCAAGCACUAGCGGCAUUAUACACACUGAUUGGCAGACUGCUCGAGCUAAUCAGAAAACCUGCCCUACAAAGGCAAGGAAUACCUAUGUAAAGGUGGGGAAAAUUCCAUACCUCAGUAGGUACUACUAUCUGAAGAUGGGAACUGCAAUAUUGACUAAAAGUGAGAGAUUAUUUCUUCAAUCUAGAAGCGGCAAACAUUCACAACCAAGGUGCGUGGAAAAACAUGAAUUGCUGUGCAUGAAAACAAAAGAGACUGAGAAAGAAAAUUACAUGGAACCAUCAGUUUGUGGGGAUAAUUUUUCAUUUCCUCCAGAAUCAUCUGGGUCAUAUCAGUCAGUUUCGUUGCAGACAUUAAGCGUGAAUUUCGAGGGAGAAAACCAAAGACUUGAGAAGGCUUUUAAUAACAGUAUAUGUCAUAGUGUGUUUGAGAAAAAUGCAAGUCCAUCAGUCAGUGUUUUGAGAUCCUUCUCGUGUUCACAGUGUUCUGCUAAUUUCACUCAAGAGAGUCAUUUGCUUGUACACCUGAGAACACACAAUGAUCAGAGGCCGUUCUGUUGUUCUCUGUGUUCUUUUAAGUCUACUCGAAAGAAUAAAUUGAUUACACAUUUCAGAACACAUACUGGUGAGAAGCCAUUCAGUUGUUCACUAUGUUCUUGUAAGUUUACUCAAAAAGAUUAUCUGAUUUCACAUCUCAGAACACACAAUGGUGAGAAGCCAUUCAAUUGUUCUCAAUGUUCUUUUAAGUGUACGCGAAAGGGUAAUUUGAUUUCACAUCUCAGAACACACACCGGUGAAAAGCCAUUCGCUUGUUCAUUGUGUUCUGCCAAGUUCAUUCAAAAUUGUUCUCUUACGAUACAUAUGAGAAUACACACUGGUGUAAAGCCAUUCUCAUGUGUAUCAUGUUCUGCUAAGUUCAGAUAUAAAAGAUCAUUAAUGUCACACUUAGGAUCACAUACUGGUGAGAAACCAUUCAGUUGUUCACAUUGUUCUUUUAAGUCUACUCGAAAGAGUAAUUUGAUUUCACAUCUCAGAACCCAUACCGGUGAGAAGCCAUUUGCAUGUUCGUUAUGUUCUGCCAAGUUCAUUCAAAAUAGUUCUCUUACAAUGCACAUGAGAACACACACUGGUGUAAAGCCUUUCUCAUGUUUAUCAUGUUCUGCUAAAUUCAGAUAUAAAAGAACAUUAAUUGCACACCUGGGAUCACACACUCAUGUGAAGCCAUUCUCAUGUUUAUCAUGUUCUGCUAAGUUCAGUUAUAAGAAUACUUUAAUUGCACACCUAAGAACACAUACAGAUGACAAGUCAUUCUCGUGUUCAUCAUGUUCUGCUAAGUUCAUGUCAAAGAGAAAUUUGAAUGCACACCUAAGAACACAUACUGGUGAGAACCUAAUCAGUUUUUCUUGAUAUUUUUCUAAGUUUGCUUAAAAGGAACAAUUGUUUGUACAGUUCAAAACAACUACAGGUGAAAAGCAAUACUCAUGUUCAUAAUAUUCUGCUAAAUUUACUGCAAGUCAUUAUUUUGAGAAACUCAUGAGAAUACACAUUGGUGAAAAUCCAUUCUUAUGUUCAUUAUGUUCUGCUAAGUACUAUGUUGCAAAUUGAUCACUUAAAAAUGUAUGAGAACACAUUGGUGAAAAGCUAUUUUCAUUUCCAUUGUGUAAUGCUAAGUGUAAUGAAAAUAGUACAUUCAGAAGAUAAGAAAAUGACACUCGUAAGAAGCUAUUCUCGUGUUUUAUAUAUUCUGCAAAGUUGAUCAGAAUACCUGUCUCCUCAACUUCUAUUUUUAACACUUUAUUUGUCAUUUGAGAUUUCAUUUCUAAGAGUUGAUAAACAUGUUGAAGUUAAUGAGGACCUUAUUUAGCAACGUGGGUUACUCUUGAAGUGUUCUGAGGAUUUGUUUGUUUUCUUUGUCUGUUUUUGAGUAUACUAUAGAGCUAGACAGGAUCUUAGUUUUCCUGAAAACCGGUAUUGCAUCUUUCCCAAACUAUUGUGCGGUAAAUUGCAUUUACUUUUGAUGAUUUUACUGCGGUAAUAUACAUGUCCAUGUGCCAUAAGGUUGCUAAAUAAAUAUUUUCAAAUAAAUAUCUGCACUUCCACCUAAGUCAAUAAAUACAUCACAGUGAUAAAAAAAACACAAUUGUCAGUAUUUUAAAUUCAAAACCAUUAAUGGUGGUGUUAAAACAUUUGUGUGCAUAAUUUGACACAUACAAGAAAUAAUCAAGAUUUAUUUCACUUCUGCUAUGAAACAAAUCAUUUAAAUGAUUGUAAACAAGCAGUUUUUGACAUAUUGUAUGUGUAAGGAACAAUUAUUUGUUGGUUUGUAUGUGGUACCGAUGUACAGAAAAUAUCAACAAACAUGUCAAAAACUCUUAUUUUAAAAACAAGGGAAUGUCAUACUAACAUACUAUGGAAAAAUUUGUAACACUGUAGUUGAAACAACGAUUAAAUAAAUAGGGACAAAUGAUCUGUCACAAUGUUCACACAGUAGUAGCUUACUUGCAGUUUUUAUCUAUGACGCUACAGAGCAAUUUGCAACUCAAAAGCAUAUAAACAUACAUAAAAGUGUCAGAUUACAAGCGUAAAUUCACAGUAAAGGUUUGUGGAAUAUUGCCGAAAAGUUACAUGACCCUUUGAAAAUAACUAAAAAGAUUGAAUAACUAGAGUUAAAAAUGUAAAUAUUGUUAAUUUUGUGUAUAUUUUUAAAUUAAGUUUUUGGUUAAAUUUUUAUCAUCAAAUAAAUGAAUUUAGCCUUAUUUCAUACUUGUUUCCGGUUCAUUAAAAUUACCUGAUUCUAUAAAUUUUCUAAUUAUAAAUUGUUAAAAAAAAUUCUUUGUAAAAUAUUAUAAAUUUUUGAAAUUUGUAACCUCAAUUAAUUACUGUUACCAUUCUGUUUCUUGCAGGAAUUUUUUUUUCUCUGCCUGAACUGUUUCAAAACCAAUAAACCCUUUAUCGCCAUCUCAAUUAAAUAUAUUUGAAUAGUUUUAGAUACUUAGGAAAAUAUUCUAUGUUUUUAUAUUGGUUUGUUUUUACUCACUGCUGGGGAUGUUACAAUUUGAGGGUUCCCGCUGACAGGAAAAAUCUGCAAAGCUCAGGGAAUUAACAAUUACAAAAUAGUACCUGUAAUUUUUCAUGGUCUGUAAUUUUUUAAGGUCUUAAAACUGGUAUAUAUUUUAAUCAUAAUUUGUAUUCAUUUAAAAUCCUUUUUGGAUUUUAACCACAUUAAUCAAUAGAAUUUUAUACAAACAACUGUGUAUUAUUUUGAAGCACAGUAAAUGUCUGUAUUUUUUUGGCUGAUCAAAAUUGGUUACAUAAAAUUUGAAACAUUGAAAACACGUAUAUUUGUUUUCUUUCUCAGACAGGCAGAUUUGGUUAUGUAUUAUAAAUUAUAACAGUGCACACUGUGUGUUGUGUAGGAAAAUAAUGUAUAGUAUAUUAUGCAUGUUAUUAAUGUUUGUUGAAAUGUGUUUUGUUAAAAAUGUCAAGAUGUACAUAAAAUAUAUCUUUAACCCGAUGAGACAAGUGAUUCAUUUUAUGGGGGCGAAGGAAAAUCUCAGGGAUAUUGAAUUAUGUUAGGAAGUGUGUACUCUGUCAUAUAAAUUAUUUAUAUUUUUUUAAGAACUGAAAUAAUUUUAUAAGAGUAAGACAGGUGGUGGCCAAAACUUUUACAGUUAGACAGAUCUACGGUAGUUCCCCUGGAAGUGGUAUCUCAGAACCGUGAGGACUGUCAUUUGGGGAAUCACUAACCUUUCUUCCUUAAGAUAAUUAAUAUAGAUAAAAAUGAAAUACCUAAUCUGGUAACUAGGAAGUCCCCAGUUAUAUUUUUGUAACUCUGGCCGAAUUUGUAAAUUUUUUUUUGGGGGGUGGGGGAGGGGGGAAUUUAAGAACUAUGUGACUGCCACACAGCUCACAAAUGUAUUAAUAAAAUGUAGUAAAGAUAACACUUUAACGGCUGUGAUUCGUACCAGGCAACAAUUUUUUUUUUUUUUUUUCAACUGUUAAUUUGUAUUGGUUUUGGCCACAUUCAUUUUUAUUGUGGUUUCCGUGAACAUGUACGAAUAAAUGCAGAAAUUUCACCCGGGAAGUAAGUGUUCUCAUUCAUAUCCUGGUUGAAGUUAACUGUUCAAUUGAAUUAAAUAUAUUUCCCAAAAUUAACUUCAUUCUGUUUUCCUAUUCAAUAGUAAAAAAAUUGUUUUCAGCAGUGAACUUUCUUGGAGGUGUCUUGUUUUGUGGAUAUGUUAUGGAACAGUGCAUUUUGGUAAAUAAUAAUAAAUCAUCUACAAAUUUAUUUUCAAAAUUUUUCCUUGAAGCAAUAAAUCAUGUGUGACUGCAAAAAUUAAUAACUGUGUCCGUCCACUGUUUUCAGUCCCUAAUAUUUUGGAAGUGUUCACACAAACUGUGUCUUAGUUGGAUUGCCUUACUAGGCCAAUCUGACCUGUUAAAAAUAGUUCAUUUAAGAUUCAUAUGUGAAAAACUUCUGGUGAUAUAAACUAUUCUCUUCACAUUUGUUUAUGGUAGAGAGUUCUUUCAAAAAGCAUGUAAGAACACAUACUGUUGAAAAGCCAUACUGUAUUACACAAUGUUUUGCUAAAAUAAGUUUAAACUACAUACUUAUCCACUAUGUAAGAACACAUACCGUUGAAACAUAAUUAUAUGCUUACAAUGUGCUUCUAAGUUCACUGAUAAGGCUUAUUUAAUUGUACACAUUUCUACAAGCCAAUAGGCUCAACUCGCCUUUUUUUUUGGGGGGGGGAGGGGGGGGGGGGAGCGAACAAAAAUAAAAUAAUAAUUCAUCUUGGAAGUAGGCAUGGGUCAUUUCUUUGAUUCCGAUUUCCCAAUUUCUGGUUUUAUUUCGAUCCCAAUCCCAAUUUUACUUUCUUUCUGAAUGAAACUAUGGAAAUCCAAGAAAAAUAUUAACCUAAAUAAUAAAACUUAAGAAGUCUAAAUAUACGUACAUUUUCUGAAAAUUUACAUUUGAAAAGCUUGCAAUUAUUGAUUGUAGUAUUUCUGUUACCCCACUCCCCUUGCCCUCAAAGACAUCAACACCAUAUCAGCACCUAAUAAUAAAAUAAUCGUGUUUAGCCAGCAACUGAUAAUUUAUUUUAGCAUCAGUUAAGCUACAAUUGUUCACCAUCAACAAAUAUGUGCAAAAUACAUAAUUAAAACUGAUAAAAUAGAUUAUUCCUCUCUCCUGGCUUGAUCUUUAACAGUACUGAUUGUUGUGUUUUUUUAAUGACUUUAUAUAGUAUAUGCGCAUAAAUCUAAUUUUUAACUGACUUCUUUUAAGAGGAAAAUAUUUGUGUAAAAGUUUCAAAAAUAUGUGAAAUUAGCUUUAGUAUAUGAAAGACUAAAAAAAUAUAAAUUUAAAAUGUUUAUGAAUAACACAGUUGGCCAGCCUGCUCUAAUUUAUUUACUUCGUCAUGGCAUCAUGAUUGCUCUUCAACGUUGGAAGCGGAAGAUAUGUUUAUUGAGUGGAGAGAAAAGUUGCAUUAAUUUUGUAUUUAUGAAAUAAAAGUUAUUAUAUUGAAAUUAGGUUUACAGUGUUUUUCCCAUUAGUACAGAAAUCCAAGUUUGGUUGGUACAGUGUUACGGAUAAAUAUAGGUUAUUGCGAUUGUAAACUAACAUUAAAUUAAUAUAUAAUAAAUAAUAUACCGCAUCUUUUUUAAUAUUUUAAUAAGUGCCAGCACAACAUCCAGUGUAAAUCUCAACUGCAAAUAUAAUUAAUUUUUUAAAUGACAUAGAUGUUCAUACAGUGAUAAAAUUAAGUUGUCAGAGUAAUGAUUAUCUUUCAAAUCAAAAGCAAACACAGAACUUCACAAUAUAGUUAUGUAGUUACCUUUUGAGCCUUGCAGAGCUAUUUUCUGGAAAACUUUAAAUACUACUAUGAAGAUGGUCUCAAUAACAUUUAAAUUUCACUUAUGUAUUGGACUGCUAGCCAAUGACUUACAAAUUGGAUUUUUAUGCAAAAUUUAAGUUUAACACUGAUUAUCAAACUAAUCAUGAACUAGCUAGCAUUGUAGAGCAUUGGCUUCAAUAUGAAAAGAAACACUUGUUUCUUGGGUCUCCCCUGAGUGUUUAUUUGAGCGAAAUAUUAGUAAAUAGCAAUUCAUUCAAUCUCUUGAAGGAAAUAAAACCAAAUAGUAAACAUACUGUUAUAGAAACAUAAAUAAAUUGUUUGAAAAAAAAAAAACUAUCAAAUUUAACAUUUACUAAGGCACCCUGGAUGAAACAUUUAGUCAUCACCAGUACAUAAUACCAUACUUGUAUGUUUUUGUUGAUUAACGUCCUUCAUAGAGUUUUCAGUUCUCUUCAGUAAGGAGCCAUUGGAAGAUGUCGACUUAUAGGCCUCAGUAGUUCCCUUCACUGAUUCGCUGGCCAUUGAGGUAGAAUCCACGAUGCAUCCUGGAAAGUUCUGCGAACUAUUCGAUGUCACCAUUGUUCACCCGUAGAAUUAAGUAGUUCCUUUUACAGCUUGUAUAUUGCUGUAGUGGAAGCCUCGAUACGUGGCAGAAAGUUCCGCAAACUAUUCGACAGCACUAAAAUUCAUCUGUAGAAUUCUGUCUUUUUUCUCGUAGUGUGCAUUCAUUUUGGUAGAAGUCACCAUUGUCGUAGAAAGUCCUCGAACUGUAUAAUCGCAUAGUUCCACAAAUCCAUGCUUCAAACACUGCCGACGUUAGUAAAGUUUGAGGAUAGUAACACCAGUGGAAAGUUUGUGUGAUUCUAAUUUAAGUUCAGGUAUUUAAAAAUAUUUAUAUAUAUAUUUCCUAGACAUAACUCUUCAAUAUUUUAUUUUCAAUACUGGCAUGUAAAAGAGAAUAUAUACCAAAACUGCACACUAAAAUCAAUGCCCAAACUCAUUCAGUAACAAAUUAAUUAUUCAGACUAAAUGUUCUAAAAAAGAACCAAACAUCCUUCUCUCAUUUUUUUCUUACAUAGUACAAUUUGUAAAUAAUCAAAACCAAAGGAAUAAGUUAAUUAUAGAGAUUCAUUAAGCAAAAGUUUCAACUAUGAAACGAAAUCCCUUUUUGCAAAGACUUGAUUAAAAUUCCAAUGUUAUUACUUAGUCAAUGAAUAAAAUUAAAUUACCAUUUAAUAUAUUUUUCUGUGAAUAAUUGGCUUCAUAGGACUUAAUCCAAAUUCCUUCCACUAUGUCAGAGCAUGGUACUACACUGCGUAAAUUAGUUGAGGAAGGUAUAGCCAAGCACUGGGAAAUUGGACAAGAAAAUGCAUUUCUCUGAUUUAAAGGAAAGCCUGAAGUUGCCACCAUUGCAGACAUACUAGGACAACACCAUACCAGUGACCAUGUCGAUGGAUGCAUGUAGCCACUCAGUAGCAUUAAUACUCAUGCAAGGGGAACAGCCUGUUUUUUAUGCAUCCAAGUGUGGGGUGGUAUGUCAUGAUGACUGGUGUUAAAGUGUUUGUGUUCAUCUCUAAAGGAAAGGGGAGAUAUUAUUAGGCGGCCAUGUUGCGCUUGUGCUACCAACCAGCAGUUCGUUGUUGUAAGCUGGCCAUGUAUCCAGCAGAUGACGUUUAACAGUCGGUAAUAAACCAUACUACAAUAUGGACCAACUGAGUAAAGACAUGGUAAACCUCACAGAACAAAGUGUGGUUUCAGCUUUUGUUUUUUCGUUCAGAGAUCAGAUAUACACACUAAAGGAAGGUUGCUGUAUAUUAUUCACCUCUCUGUCUUUCUCUCGACGAACUUCUUCACUACUGACUUUGAGUAGAAAGCAAUAAAUACCAGCCAGCUAAUGGUACAUAGGUGGAUGAUAUUUUAUAUUAUUUAGUGCCAUGGCGGGGGGAAAAAAUUCAAGACGUCCUAAAACCUUUAAGCAGUAUCAUCCCAGACAUACAUUUCACCAAGGAAAGUUGACCCAGAUGAAAAUCUGCCCAUUCUGGCUGUGCUGGUAGCAAGGGAAGAGGAUAUACACAUUGGACACAAUGUCUUCAGGAAGCAUGCUUACAUUACCUACUACCAUAAAAAAAAAGUAUAGGUCAAUAAGGCUAGGACAUUUUGUGAAGAAUACAGUUUUGAAACAGCAUACUCACGACUGGUUACCCUUGGAAAGAAUAGCUGUAUGAGCCAGCACAAGAAAAGAAAAGCAGACGUCAUCCAAACCACUCUAAAUCGUAACGUACCAAGUGGUCUCAUGAAGCACAAUAUGUUUACUAAUUUUAAAACCCGUAAAAACAAUUGAAGGGACCAUGGCACUAGUGAAAGAAAAGAGAAAACCUUGCUGGAGGAUACAUAAUUCCUUGUAUAUAUGGUAAAAAAAAAAAAUGGCAGGCCAAUCAUCACCUAUAUUAAACAACAUACCAUAGAUUACAAGAUUGAAAAUACAAUCAGUCAUAGGAGAAAGUUCAACACAGUGAAAUUAAUAAUUUUAGGUAGUUAGUUCCUUAGCCAAUAUAUAAGGAGAGGCACAUUAGAGAAGCAGUAUGAAAUAUUUAAACUUAUUUUGAACAUAAAUAGUGCAGAUGCAUACAGAUUGAGUAGAAAUUGGAAACUGCACGUACAAAGUAGCUAAAACCAAGACGAGCAUUAGCAGUGUAGUGCCCAAUGAUUUGAACACAGCUCUUGCCAAUCAGAAAAUGUGCACUACACAGGCAAGGAAUAUUUAAAGGUAGGGUAAAUUCCAUACCUCAGUAGGCUGCCCUGAAGCUGACAUAUUAACUAACUAAAAGUCUUCAAUCUUGAAGUGGCUAAAACCCAUAACCAAGCAAGUUAAAAACCAAACACCCUCAGUUUCAUUUACAGUAGAAUGGGAUAACAUGUCAGAUAAAAUAAUGGGACUAUUUAGGAGCAUGGCUGUUAAAGACAGUUAAUAUCAUAAUUAACAAUGUGUUUUAUUGAUAUUUUCAUAAAUGCUGCCUUCAUUGGUUAGCCUAGUCUAUUUUCCAACUUGUCAUUUUUUUUUUUCAAUUUCAGCACUGACUGCUUAAAAAUCUAAUGCUUGUAUAAGUAGUAACUAACAAGAUAAUGUUUCUCAUGUUGUACAUACUUCUUAUAUAAAAUGUAUAUCAUUGUUAUAAAUUAUU